AUGGGAAGGCCAAAAGGAGACGGAGCAAGAAGCAAGUCUCGUCCCUCUAGCAGCAGUCUUGCUGCGUCGCUAUUGCCCUCAGGUGCUGCAGCAGUAGGGUUCGGAGGCUAUGUGGGUAGCUCACGCGUCGAUUCUUCUUUCUCGGCUGAGGCUCCUACUGUUUCUUUGGAUAUAGAUGGCGAAGUGGCACAACACUUGAAGAGACUUUCCAGGAAGGACCCCACCACUAAGCUUAAAGCAUUAACGUCAUUGUCUCAACUUCUCAAAGAAAAAUCUGCGAGUGAAGUUGCUCCUAUAAUUCCGCAAUGGGCAUUUGAGUACAAGAAGCUGUUGUUGGAUUACAACCGCGACGUUCGGCGAGCAACUCAUGAUACAAUGGCUUAUCUUGUUCGUGCAGUCGGAAGAGACUUAGCACCACAUCUCAAAUAUUUCUUGGGACCCUGGUGGUUUUCUCAAUUUGAUUCUGUUUAUGAAGUUUCUCUAGCUGCAAAAAGGUCAUUUCAGGCAGCGUUUCCAGCGCAGGAGAAAAGACUAGAUGCCUUAAUUUUGGGUACAUCUGAAAUUUUUAUGUAUAUAGAAGAAAAUCUGAAGCUUACACCCCAAAGUAUGUCUGAUAAAGUGACUGCCACCGAUGAAUUGGAAGAGAUGCACAAGCAGGUGAUCUCAUCUUCUUUACUUGCUUUGUCGGCUCUUCUUGAUGUUUUGGUAUGCCUACAAUCUGAAAGACCUGGUUUUGAAAACAUAAAAGCUGAACCAAAGAAUGCUUCAAAAGCUAGAGCUACUGCUAUAGCUUAUGCCGAAAAGUUGUUCUCUGCAAAUAAGUAUUUUAUAGACUUUCUGAAGUCUAAAAACCCUGGUGUACGGUCAGCUACAUAUUCCGCAAUGAGAAGCUUCAUCAAGAACAUUCCUCAUGCAAUUAAUGAAGAAAAUGUAAAAACUCUUGCUGUGGCAAUACUUGGUGCUUUCCAGGAAAAAGAUCCCACAUGUCAUUCUCCAAUGUGGGAGACAGUGUUGCUAUUUUCCAAAAAGUUUCCAGAAAGCUGGACAUUGUUGAAUGUUCAAAAUGUCAUUCUCAAUUGCUUCUGGCAUUUCUUAAAAAUGGAUGCAGUACCUCCGAAGGCAAUAGUUGGAGAGAAAUUCUUUUUUGAUUUCUUUAAGAACCUGUGGGAGGGAAGAAGCUUGUCUCAUUCCUUAACUGCAGAUCAACAAGCAUUCUUUCUGGCAUUGAAAGAGUGUUUUCUUUGGGCCUUAAGAAAUGCUUCAAGAUGCUAUUCAGCAUCUGCAGUAUGCUCUUACGACGAGGUCCUGUUGAAGCUUAUGUGGUGUGAGUACUCACAGUUUGUUAGCCCAAAAGACAAGAGCGCAAUGGUUCCUGGGGCUUCCCCUGUUUCAUCAGAGGAUACAAUUCAGACUUCCAAUAUGGAAAGAACAGAAAACCUGAAGAUGAAGUAUCCAGUUGGUUACGAGCAAGAUCUUGGGAAAUGCAUUGUUGAGAUUCUUUCUGGUGUGUAUUCUCUGGAAAACAAUCUGCUUUCAGUGUUCUGUUCUGUCUUUCAGAAUCACUGCAUCGAAAUAUUUCAGCAAAUUGAGAGUUCUGGAAAUGUUGAAGUAGUCAUUAGAUUUGUAUUAUUACUGGAUCAGCAUGUGGUGAAGAAAGGUGAAACAUGGCCUUUGGAUUAUUUGGUGGGGCCAACACUGGCAAAAUCUUUCCCAUUGAUUAAGGAGCUUGACCCACCAGAUGCUUUGAGAUUUAUGGCUGCUGUAGCCUAUGUAUUUGGACCUCACAAGAUAAUUCAAGAGCUUAUGGGCAUUGAAUUGGGAAAAGAGCAGUUUUUACAAGCUUUCAAUGAAAUAUUUAUUCCUUGGUGCUUGAAAGAUUGGAGUGUGUCUACCAGCGCCAAAUUGGAUUUUUUGCUUGCAUUAAUGGACAUGCUCAUGGAGAAGGCAAGGGAGAGACUUAGAAAGGCGAAUACUCUACGAGGUUCCCAACCAGAGGACUGGCAACACGAGUUUCUAGACAUUGCUGCACUAUCUGUUGUUAAUGCCAACCCCCCUUUGGAACUUCUGAUGCCCGAUUUCUACGGUAUGCAGAUUAUGUCUGUGUAUUGUUCUCUCCACAGGACUAAAUGUUUCAUAAUAGUUGGGGGUUUGAUAUUGUUUUGGUGUCCUCUUCAACUGAUGUGCAGUGCUCUUAUUGGUGGGGAAACCAAAGAAGAAAGUUCCUUCAUCUCCAGAAAUACAUUAAGUCUGAUAUUCAAGGAAGAAAAUUGUCAGAAGUUAGAUGGAGAUCUUCUAACCAUGUUCUUGAGGAAGCUAAUUUUGCUCUUGAAGUACUAA